AUGGCUCCAGAACAAGAGCCAAUACGGCUUGACGAAUUGCCUACGAUCCCGUCGUCUAUGGAUCCCAUAUUAACUAGUUCAAUGGUUUAUCAACCCCUGGUUAGUCCUGUAGCGACCGCGGCCCUCCCAGAGCGUACUCGACUCCUAAAUAUUAACGGCGAACACCCUUCUGGACCAGAUGAGGCUCUAAAUUUACAUAGUGACACGGCCAGGGAUAUACCAGCCUCUCCCAUCCGCGCAAAUGUGAAACGGAGAAGAUCCAUCGUAUCUGCCCCUGGAGAUAUCCUGGGGCGUCGAUUAUCAAGGAGGAGUAGCCCGACUGCGCUGAGUCAUACAGAUGAUUUAUACCGUUCUCGCGACGAUGAAGUAUUAAGAGUGCCUCGCAAGGGAACUCAACCCCCAAAGCAGACAAACAGUGCAGAUCAUCGAUCUAGAAAACGAGGAACAUCUUAUCCUCACGGUGCUGAGUCGCGAAAGAGACAGAAGGUAGACGGUGAUGAUACGCCAUUCAGCAAGCCCAUAAUCAAAAGGACUGGGAGCGCUAAAUCGCAGGGAGUGACUAUACCCCAGCUGCCGCUGACUGGGCAUAUGGAAUGCAAUGAUAACAGCGAGCAAGUGACAUAUGAGCGAAAAGGUGCAUUUCGAAUAAGGACGAAUAAAGGAAACAAUAAAUUUCGCUUCCCCAAGCCUCGUGGUCAACCAGAACCACCCUGGCGGGCGGGUGAUGGAUUCUCAGGGGACGAAGCCAGGCCGAGCUUCUUGUUCUUCAUGACCAGUACGCACAAGCAAAGAAGCCCCGAAUUACUUCCGGGUAUGGGUAAGCUCCAACUAGAAAGUGAGGUUACCAAUAAAGGCCAUGUGCGUGGAUCAAGGCUCAGUGGCUCGAAGUUCCAACAUUCAACACCGACUCAACGUGUGAUAAAAAACCGGCGUGGCAUAGCAAAAGACGUCUGGCCUACCAAGGAAAACUUUGUAGAGGAAUUGGGACCGCGACACCGGAGAUCCACUACUCUGGAAACCCAGGGAGCUAUCUCUUCCAACAUGCUGACCCAGCCUACUUUUUUAACUCCUCAAAACCAAGGCAUAUUCUCGUAUAAGCCUUCGACGCUACGGAAAAGAAAACGUUCGGAUUUCGAGAAUUUUGGACGUUUGAAGGAAAGAAGCGAGCCGCAUUUUAUUGAUAACGUAGGGUAUCAGAGUUCAGAGGUGCAUUAUAUCAAGCAGUCGAAGCCGAGGAACGAAGCGUAUGAGCAUGAAGAAGGGUAUGAAGCAGAUCAAGAAGAUAUAACUAUACCUUCAACGUAUAAUGAGAGUGAGAUCGACGAUGAUGAGGUGCUUGAAGUAGAUAGUUAUGAAGGCACACCAAAUGAGUCCCGGAGCCGAGAGUCUAGCGCUAGGGAUUCUGCCAUCUUUGUUCUUGGUGGCGUAGAGAACGAGACUGAACCGGUAUCGCCGGAACUUGGGAACAGUAGACCGGGUUAA